AUUUGGAAAGACUUGUUCGCUCUGUAACCUCGCAAAGACAUUAAGGAAUGUGAAGACUAAAGUAAUAUGGGAACAUGUUUCCGCCAUCACUGUUUCUUUUCAUAUCAGGUUUACUGUGUGCAGCUGGAGACGAGACGGUCACACUGCAGGAAGUGGAAGGAACCACUAUAACUCUCCAUACUGGGAUAACUGGAAUUCAGAGUGAUGCUCAGAUCCUGUGGUAUUAUGGACCUGAGAAAGCAGAGGAUGCAAUACUGUUCAGUCAAGUGUUUAAAGGAGAAACUGUGACAGAAAUCAGUGAGAGAUUUAAAGAGCGACUGCAGCUGGACAGAAUCAGUGGAGCUUUAACCAUCAGGAACAUCAGCAGAAACCUUUCUGGAGUUUAUUUAUUACACGUUCUUACUCUACGUCUCUCAACUAGGACUUUCAGUGUCAGUGUUUAUGCUCCAGUAUCAGCUCCAGUAAUCAGAAAUCAAAGAGGAAAGCGAAGCGUGUCUUCUACAGAGCCGUGUUUCCUCCUGUGCUCUGUGGAGAAUGGAGAAGAUGUGAAGUUAUCCUGGUACAGAGAGAAUGAGAGAAUCUCCAUCACCAAUAACACAGAUCUCAGUGUUCCCCUCAAUCUCACACUUCAGAUACAACACCCAGAGAAUAACAGGAACUCUUAUAUCUGUGUGUCUGCAAACCCUGCCAUCAAUAAAACAACUUCUCUCAACAUCGCACAGCUCUGUAAUUAUAACUCGGGACAAACUGAUCGUUCCUAUCCGCUGCUUCCUGCCCUGAUAUCUGCUGGACUUUUUGUGUUAAUCAUAUCUGUAUCUGUGUGGAUUUUUCUGAAAUGCAAAAGGCAAACAAUGUCUGAAAAACCUGAGGAACUGACUUACGCUGAUGUGAAAAUUCCACUUCACAGUGAAGAGAGGGUUAAAGAGGAAGAAAACUCGAGAAUAACGCCUGUUGAAGCAGAGCCUGACUCAGUGGUGUAUUCACAUGUGAAGCGAUCCAUAUAAUUCAUCACAUCACAAUAUCCUUUUUAUUAUUUUACUGAGUUGUGCUGAGAAAUCCUGCAGGGUUGGGGCAUGUCUUCAGGCAUCAGUGUUUAAUAUUAGUGUAAUAUUUGCAUUAGGGCUGUGCCGAUAGACGAUGCCAUCGUCCAUCGACGAUGGUGGUCAUCCAUCACGAUGGAGAGCCACCAUCGUGAUACCACGCCCCCUCCUGUCAUAAUCAUGCAUAUACGGUAUCAUCUGGGCCUAUUUAAUCUAAAAAGUUAGUUUUUUGUUAGUUUAGUUAGUUAGUUUUGUUUAAUAUAUAAAUAUAUAACAUAUUAUAAAUACAUAAUUAUAUAAAUCAUUAUAAAGUAAUAUCCUAUUACCGCUUGUUCACGUAGGCUAUGGUGCAGGGACGUGCUAGUGAACAUAACAUGUGGUUACACAAAUACAGUAUGCUACUAAUAAUAAAUUUUGACUUCAUUUUUUAGCCUACACUAUACUUUUAAUGUAAAAUUUGUCAUGUUGUUCAAACAAAUAGCCACUAUUAACAGUCGGGAAAUAUUUCACCUUAUCAAACGGCAGUGAAGCGCAGACUUCAGCAGAAGUCAAAUAACUUUAAUCUGGUAAAUAGGCCUACUUUCAGACUCAAAAUGGUCCACUCUAAGCCAUAAUGUCAAACCAAAUGGAAGAAUGAAGGUGAUUCUGACAAAUGUAAAGACAGUAAAAAAAAAACAAUAUUAAAUCAUGAUUUUAAAAGCUGGUGCAAUAAUUCAAACACUAAUAAAUUGGAAAAAUUAGCGCGUUCAAGUGCGCACUAAAGGCCGAAACGCAUCUUCAAUUGAUAUGGUGUAAAUAAACAAUGAGUAAUAGCUUAAGUGUAGUUUCUUCUCAUAGUUUGAAUACUAGUCUUUCAUUGUUAGAGCAGAUUAAUAUCUUGCCGUGAUCAGUGAGUGCUCGGGGAGGUUCAUUUCCACCUGCGCUUUGCGCAGCUCAUUUCUCCGAAGCCAGCUGUGCGCAAACGCAGUGUUGACUGCUCGGCAAACUCCAAACCCUCGGUCUGUACUGGCCCUCUGUUGCGCAAGCGAGUUGGUUAUGGCCAGGUUCAAAUUGUGCCCAAAACAACUUAACCACGGCCAUUUCAAUUGCCUGAUGGCUGUGACAAUAUUCGCCCCGUUGUUAUACCGGCGAUCUUUUUCUCCUCUAUUUUCCAUUCGGCAAGUGUCUCGCGCAAUGCGUCUUCUAAAUUGUCCGCUGAAUGUGUCUCUGGCAUGAAACUCGUCUGCAGGCAUUUGGACUGCAUUGCCCACUCUCGGUCCACAUAAUGUACGGUAGCUGACAUAUAGGGCAUCAUGUUGCAGCUGGACCACAUAUCCGUUAUCAAGACCAAAUAUUCCACAUCACCUAGCGCUUUUUUUUCUUAAUGUGCCAAAGCCUCGGAUGAGUAUCUAAUACUUUUAAUAAUAAUAAUAAUAAUAUAUUUAAUAAUGUGGUAUUAAAAUCCCCCGCCCACGAUAUGAUCGUCCAUCACGAUGUUUGCACUGUAAACAUCGUCGAUGCCAAUUAAGGGGACAUCGCACAGCCCUAAUUUGCAUGCUGUCAUUAUAUAAUCAUGACCAGCUAAAAACCAAGUGUCAGAAAGGCAAGCUCAUCAGAAAAUGUUUCAGGGUAUUUACUGGAACACAUCAGGGUUUUUAAAUGAAUCAUCAGCUUCAGUUUCCCAGCUGCCUUUCAGUGUUUAAGCUUCUCGGGUUACAGCCGUAUUGUCCAGAUCAGAUACAGAGCUCUGUCACUACGUUUACAUGCACAUAGAGAGAAUCGAAUUUCUGCCGUUGCUCGACUGAAAUCGAAGUUCAAAAUGCCAUGUAUACACCUUAAUUCGGCUGAAAUUGAACCGAACUUGAUUUCUCAGAAUCGAGCUACACGACCUAGAUUAUGCGAUUUCUGCCGAGCUACUUUGUGCAUGUAAACCCUAUCGAGCUAGUUGUCGAGCUACUUCCGGAAGUGAUGAGUGACGAGACCACAAGCGGGAAACACAACAGCCUCGGUCGGCAUGACAACGAAUCAUGAAUCUUUUCUUUUUGUGGCAUUGUUUGCACUGUUAAAAUUUAGCUCACUUACUGUAUCACCAAAUACAUCUGUACAGCUGUUGCAUAGCUGUGAAUUGUGUACAUAAACAAGUCAUUGUAUUUGUGUGUGUGUGUGUGUGUGUGUGUGUGUGUGUGUGUGUGUAUGUGUGUGUGUGUAUAUAUAUAUAUAUAUAUAUAUAUAUAUAUAUAUAUAUAUAUAUGUGUGUGUCCAACAUCUGAAGAAUGUCAAUAAAAACAAAACAAUUGAA